AUGGUCAGACUUACCGCCGAAUUGAUUGAAAAUGCUCCCCAGUUUACGAAUGCUAUCAAAGACAGGGAACUGGAUCUGCACGGUUACAAAUUUCCGGCCAUUGAAAAUAUGGGUAGCACGCUGGAUCAGUUUGACACUAUUGAUCUUUCUGGUAAUGAAAUUCGCAAACUGGAUGGAUUUCCAUUGCUUAAACGACUUAAGGCACUUAUCCUAACAAACAAUAAAGUAAGCAUAUUUAUAAACAUCUCUUUUCACUUUGCCACUUUUAACUUGUGUCCUGUGUCCAUAGAAGUUUGA